AUAUUUAUAAUUAUCCGUGCUAUUCACAAAUCCCUCUCUCUUUCAAUCUCUCAAACCCUCAUCCCAUGGCUCCAAAACCCUUUCAUCUUCGACAUCCAAACUUGCCCCCACAUCUUCUCCUCCAUCUCCGGCACCAAGGACCUCCAAAUGGUUAACCUAACCCUCCGUGUCCUCUCUCGCCCGGAGUUCUCUCAACUCCCUCGAAUCUUCCAAACCCUAGGCCUCGAAUACGACGAUAAAGUCCUUCCUUCGAUCGGCAACGAAGUCCUCAAGGCCGUUGUCGUUCAAUUCAACGCCGAUCAGCUCCUCACCGAGUGUCCCAGCGUCUCUGCAUUGGUUCGCCAGGGCUUGGUUCGUCGUGCUAAGGAUUUCAACUUCGUUCUCGAUGACGUUGUGAUCAUGCACUUAUUGUAUGGGGCUGAGUUCUCCAAGGCCGUGGAGCAGAAGUAGGUGGCACAGCAGGAGGCUGAGUUCUGCAAGGCCAUGGAGCAGAAGCGUGGUGUUCGGCAAAUGAGAAUAGGAUGGGUUGACGGCCUAGAAUUUGUGACUCAGUGCCCAAUUAGACCUGGAAAGAGCUACACUUAUCUGUUCACAAUUCAAGGCCAGGAAGGGACACUCUGGUGGCAUGCCCAAUGCUCGUGGCUGAGAGCCACAGUCUACGGUGCUCUGAUUAUUCACCCCAAAGAAGGUUCUUCCUACCCAUUCCCCAAGCCCAAGUGUGAAACAACCCUUCUCUUAGGUACUGACCAUGAGAUGCAAAUAGAGACACAAAAGGAACAAAUACAAAUGCAGAACAAUAAAAUAGAAGAUCUUGAAGAGGGUAAGAAGAAGCAAGGGGAGAUAAUGGCAGAUGUUGUCAACUUUUUGAGGACCAAAGGAUUCACUGGACACUUUGGAAGUGGAGGGAACUCAUCCACUGGUGGACGUACUUCUUGGUAAAGUAUAUUAACUUUAA